AUGUCUUCCGCGUCAUUCUUGGAUAUGCCAGAAAACAUAAGGCUGAGGAUAUACACCUACGCAGGCUUGAUUCGGUUGUGUCCUAUCGAGCUAAAUGUGCCCGAAGGGUACUGUUUCCGGGAUUACGAUAGUUCAUGGGGUACAGAUCGUUCCACAGAAGAGAGAUGCUUAUAUGUCAUCAGAUUACGCGGAGGUGAUCGAAGUAUUGUCCCAUUACCCAGACACCUGGCGCAGGCGCACUCGGAGCCCGAUUGUCUAUGCCCUAGAUUGCCAAUCCAGCUGCUCUAUGUCUCCCGAAGGUCUUAUGAGGAUGUUUUCCCGGUCUUUUAUUCGAGAAACAAGUUCAUAAUGAGGUAUAAAAGCGCCGAUGACCUACCCAUAUUUCUGAAUCUAAACCAUCACAUACUUUCAACGGUGAAGGAUUUGUUAGUCAGGUUCAACUCGUGGCCUUGCGCUAGAGGUCACCCUCACAUUGUAGGAAGACAAGUCGGCCGUUUCAGAUGCAGUAAUUGCUUAUCUAUGCCGCCAUCCCCUGACUAUGCUCUGGAAAUGGCUACUUCUGCUGGAACAGGUCUUCUUGUGGCAUGGAAGACGAUAUCGACCCACCUUGCUUCGUCAAUCAGACCGAAGCAACUCAAUUUUGCUUUCAUCUGUGAUGUUGCGGCUUUGAAUUCUGGAAAAGCUGUAGUCGAGCCUUUAUUGAUGCUUCCCACUCUAAAUAGGUGCACUAUUCGUUUAAACAACCGACCGAAUUAUGCUCUGAACUCAUUGGCUCGCGAUGUCUCCGUCGCAACUACUCAGUCGCUUGUUCUACCAAGUCGGCCGUUUCCUUUCGACAGACUUCCUCGAGAGUUGCGCCUCCAUGUACUGGGAUACACACACCUGGGUCGGCACAACGGUUAUCUAAAAAGAGAUGAACUCAUUCGUAUUCAAGAUGGCAAGCUAGUCCGAGGAAGCCGAUCAACCGUUCAUAAAGGCAAUCAAUGCUGCAGGCAAUGUACGCACAUUGCCAUAGAUUGCUGCUGUCCUUCGAGCUUCGCGGCUUACUCAAUUACAUGCGUUUGUCGACGUCUCCCUUCCGCUCUAGUCUAUGUUAAUAGAGAGAUGCGUCAAGAUGCUCUCACGGUAUUACUACGAGAAAAUUGCUUUGAUUGCGAGCAGGAUCCGGACAAAAGCAUUGAAUUCUUGUCUCAAUUUCCUGCUGGAAGGCUAAAGUACAUCCGAGAGAUACAGUUUAGAUUUUCCGAAUCGGGGGUCAAACACUGGGGUAACCAAAACUAUAGCGAGCAGUGGCUCUCGUUGGUGAAAUUCAUAAAAGCGCGUCUUAACGUCCCUGCGUUGUCAAUUACUGUGGUUACCGACACAUUUGAUUUGGGAAUGGAUCCACAUUCGAGUGACGAAGGUGUCCAACGGCAUAUAUACAAUAUCUACUGUGAUAUCACUCGGUCGCUAUGCGUACUGGACGGAAUUGGUCAUAUCAAAUUUGAACUAGGAUGUUUCGGUCAGCUUGAGUCCCUGAUGUCGAGGAAAGUGGUGGGCAAAGACCGCGAAGAAUUAUACCCGGAAGCAGAUCUCUCCAUUAUGAGCAGACGCUACGUUGGAUUUGAGGCUCCUCACUGGUUUAAGGAGGAAGAUUUCACUGGAGAUUCUCAAUUGGAGUUUGGUAGUUUUCAAAGAGUCAGAGCAGAUUAA